GCCGCUGUCCCGCUCGCCCCCUCACUCCGCCCCGCGCACGGCUUCCCCCGCGGCUCCCGUGCCCCCGCCUUUCCUUGGGGCGGGCAGCGCUGGAGGGAGCGGCGGCGGGCGGGGCGCGGGGGAGGGCCGGGGCGCCGGGCGGUGCGGGGCGGCAGCCCGGCCAUGUCUCCGGCGGAGGCGGCGUCGGGCUGAGCGGCCGUGCGCGCAGCGGGGAGCGCUCUCCGCCACCAUGAGGCGGCUGCCGCUGCCCCUGCCCUGCCUCCUGCUGCUGCUGCUGCUGCCGGCCGAGGUCAGAUGUACAAUUGACUGCACUGAGGAUUGCAGCUCAAAAAAUGUAGCUGCAGAACAAGGAACCAGUAGUAAUGAUAAUUUAUCAGUAAACUCUGCAAGUGGAAACAAAACACAUGGAGGUGGAAGAUCGAUCAGGGCUGUGUCACCAUUCGAUGGGACAAUAAGUGAUGGAAGCAACGUAACACUGCCCAGCCCAGUUUAUGAUCUCAAGGCAAAAUAUGUUGGUAUGACUUCUGUCAUCUUAACGUGGUUAGUGAACAGCACUGCUUCGAACUCCUACAGGAUAGAGUAUGGAAAUGAUACCUCUAUGAAGAGCCUGAUGACCAGUGAGACCGAAAGAGAAAUUACCGAGUUGAUCCCUGGGACAAUGUACAAUUUCAUCGUAAUUGCAUUAGGAGAUGGUAGUGAGACAGAAGGAGUGCCCUUAAGGGUGUAUACAAAACCCAGCCCAGUUCUUGAUCUCAAGACAGAGUAUGUUGGUGUGACUUCUGUCAACUUAACAUGGGAGGUGAAUGACAAUGCUUCCAACUCCUACACGUACAGGAUAGAGGUUACAGAAGAUAUGACUGUUAGGAACGUGACAUCCACUGACCACAAAGCAGAAAUUACUGAUUUAAUUCCUGGGACAAUGUACAACUUCACUGUAUUUGCAGUAGUGGCUGAUAAUGAGACAGAAGGAGAAGGAAGAUCUAUAGACCUGUAUACAAAGCCCAGCCCAGUUCUUGAUCUCAAGGCAGAAUAUGUUGGUGUGACUUCUGUCAACUUGACAUGGAAGGUGAAUGACACUGCUUCCAACUCCUACACGUACAGGAUAGAGGUUACAGAAGAUAUGACUGUUAGGAACGUGACAUCCACUGACCACAAAGCAGAAAUUACUGAUUUAAUUCCUGGGACAAUGUACAGCUUCACUGUAUUUGCAGUAGUGGCUGAUAAUGAGACGGAAGGAGAAGGAAGGUCCAUAGACCUGUAUACAAAGCCCAGUCCAGUUCUUGAUCUCAAGGCAGAGUAUGUUGGUGUGACUUCUGUCAACUUAACAUGGGAGGUGAAUGACGCUGCUUCCCACUCCUACACGUACAGGAUAGAGGUUACAGAAGAUAUGACUGUUAGGAACGUGACAUCCACUGACCGCAAAGCAGAAAUUACUGAUUUAAUUCCUGGGACAAUGUACAGCUUCACUGUAUUUGCAGUAGUGGCUGAUAAUGAGACGGAAGGAGAAGGAAGAUCCAUAGACCUGUAUACAAAGCCCAGCCCAGUUCUUGAUCUCAAGGCAGAGUAUGUUGGUGUGACUUCUGUCAACUUAACAUGGGAGGUGAAUGACACUGCUUCCAACUCCUACACGUACAGGAUAGAGGUUACAGAAGAUAUGACUGCUAGGAACGUGACAUCCACUGACCACAAAGCAGAAAUUACUGAUUUAAUUCCUGGGACAAUGUACAGCUUCACUGUAUUUGCAGUAGCGGCUGAUAAUGAGACGGAAGGAGAAGGAAGGUCCAUACCCAUCUAUACAAAGCCCAGCCCAGUUCUUGAUCUCAAGGCAGAGUAUGUUGGUGUGACUUCUGUCAACUUAACAUGGGAGGUGAAUGACGCUGCUUCCCACUCCUACACGUACAGGAUAGAGGUUACAGAAGAUAUGACUGUUAGGAACGUGACAUCCACUGACCACAAAGCAGAAAUUACUGAUUUAAUUCCUGGGACAAUGUACAGCUUCACUGUAUUUGCAGUAGUGGCUGAUAAUGAGACGGAAGGAGAAGGAAGGUCCAUAGACCUGUAUACAAAACCUGCCUCAGUGAAUUCAUUUUGGUGUGAACCAGUGGCCAAGCAGCCUUUCCUAAUGCUGAAAUGGAAAUGUCCUUCUGGUAACAGCUCUGGCUUCAAAAUUAUAAUAUCUAAUAUAAGUAAUUCAGGGAAAAAUGAAGAAGAUGCUCCACCCUGCAUGGGAGAAGGCUCAGAGGAAACCUUCAAAACAAAAUCUUUAGAUUAUUUCACCACCUAUAAUGUUACUAUCAUAACUGUUUCAAAUGGUUCUGAAAGCUCUCCAGUGUACGGACUGUGUCACACAAGCAUUACUGACCCACCUCAUCCAAGUGAAGCUCCUUCAGUCAAGGUAGUCAGUCACAGCUCAUUGUCUGUUGAAUUCUCUGAUUUUGAUUCAUUGUAUGGUCCAUUAAAAGCCUACGCAGUAAUGAUCACAACAGAACAAGGUUAUGAGUCUUUGAAGUCUAAAUUGAACAACACAUACAGAGAUUUCAAGAAGAAGAAGACAACUACCUAUGUUACGUAUGUCAUAGAAACAGAGCAGGCAGAAUCACCUUCUUUCCAUUCUCAGAAUGGUAAAAACAUCGUUAAUGUAGGCAAGGGAAAUACAAUGUAUGGCUACGAAAACGGACCAUUGAUUCCACUUCUUUCAUACAGGGCAUGUGUUGCAGGUUUCACUAAUAUAACCUUUAUGGCCAACGUGAUUGAGGGGGAAGACAGUUAUGUGUCAUUUUCACCCUGUUCUGAACCGGUUUUACUACCCCAGGAUCCAGGCAUUAUUGCUGGAGUGGUUAUUGGAUGCCUUUUGGCCAUAUUUGCUGUAGUCGCUAUAGGGGGUUUCAUAUUCUGGAGAAGGAGAAGGAAAGAUAAAAGAAAUACUGAAGUGUCCUUUUCUCCAAUUAAGGUCAAGAAAUCAAAAAUGAUUAAAGUGGAGAACUUUGAGUCCUACUUUAAGAAGCAGCAAGCUGACUCCAACUGUGGUUUUGCAGAAGAGUAUGAGGAACUCAAGUCUGCUGGUGUUCAUCAGCCCAAAUUUGCUGCUGAACUACCUGAGAACAGGGGAAAAAAUAGAUACAACAAUGUCUUACCAUAUGAUAUUUCUCGUGUUAAACUUUCAAAUGAAAGCUCUGGAACUGGUGAUUAUAUUAAUGCAAACUAUAUACCUGGCUAUAACUCAAAGAAGGCAUUUAUUGCUGCACAGGGUCCAUUACCCAAUACUAUAGAUGACUUCUGGCAAAUGAUUUGGGAAAAGAAUAUCUACUCUAUUGUUAUGUUGACAAAAUGUAUGGAACAAGCUCGGACCAAAUGUGAGCAGUACUGGCCAGACAAGCAGUCCAAGACCUACGGUGACAUUAUGGUGACAAUGGUCUCAGAAAUCGUCCUUCCAGAAUGGACAAUAAGGGACUUCACUGUAGAAAAGUCCAACACACCAGAGAGCCACACGGUGCGGCAGUUCCAUUUCACCUCCUGGCCGGAUCACGGAGUGCCAGAGACGACAGACCUUCUCAUCGACUUCAGACACCUCGUUCAUCAGUACAACAGUCAAAAUCCAGUUGACUCUCCUACUCUGGUGCACUGCAGUGCUGGUGUCGGGAGGACGGGGACGUUCAUCGCCAUUGACCGCCUGAUCCAGCAGAUGGAGAUGGAGAACACUGUGGAUGUGUACGGAGUGGUGUACGACCUCCGCAUGCACCGGCCUUUAAUGGUGCAAACUGAGGACCAGUACGUCUUCCUAAACCAGUGUGUUAUGGAUAUUAUUAGAUCCCAGAGGGAGAAGAAAACUGAUCUUAUUUACCAAAACAUGACAGCAAUGGCAAUCUAUGAAAAUUUCACACCUGGGCCAGGCUUUGGGAAGGCCAAUGGCUACCACGCAUAGUCCAGCAGGAAUGCAGUUUCUCCAGGAGAUGGUACCUGCCCAUAGGAAAGGGAGGUGUUCUACUCAUGUUUUCUGGGAUUGUGUGCAGUGUCUCGUGUCUGGCUUCUGCAGUUCUGUCUGCAUUCAAAGAAGUGAUCUACAGGAGGGAAAACACAAUGCUGGCAGGAGCUACAGGUUGAUGUUAAGAAGAAAAAACCAACACAACACAAGCAAAACUAUUUGAAGUUAACAGAGGAAUCUUGCUUUUUUUUCUUAGGAAUUUAACAGUACUGAUAGGUGAAAUAGCAUUUGCAGUAUGAACAGUGAACUAGAAUUUAAAUAUUAAAAUAAUAACACAAGCUUUUUAUUACAAUUUUGUAUGAUUUCAUUUACAGACACCAGGCUUGUGAGCUGUUUUAAUAUAUUUAAUUAUAAGUUUCAGGAACAUAUUUUAUCUACUGUAUCUGGUUACUUAGUUAAUAGAUAUGUGCCUCUGUGA